CUCGUUUUGGAUCAUCAUGCCGAUGUAAAAAGUAGUGCGUUUCUCUUGCAGUUUUUGCAACUUCUCAGCAGCAUUCUGGAUGCACUUUGCCAUGUUCACAAAAGUAGAAUGCCUAUUUCAAAAAAUAUGGAGAAAAAUCAUGUAAAAGCAGGUCACCCCUCUACCCUUAGUGUGCUUAAACCUUGAUAUACACAUACAAGUACAGAAGAAAUAUUCAGAGAGUCAGACUAUAAGAUAUGGAACUGUACAAUCACAUUACUGGUGUGUGGAUUACAGAAGUUACUCGUGACUAUAGAAAAUAGGAUAGAUUCCGAGAGUGAUCCGUGCACUGGGAAGAUAUCGCUAUGGACACCGGAAACUGAACAGGGAAUAUUUAAGCAGACAUUGUGAAAACUAGCACAUGACUGGUGGGCAAAGGCGAGUACUAUGGUAUUCAAGAUAUGGCGACCAUCUUUUGGCUUUUACUGGUUUGUACUGCAACAGGCGUUGCUGCCCAGUCAGAAAACGAUGGUCAGGAUGUUACUAUAAUCAUAUCUGCUUCGGUUGGCGUGACAGCAGCUGUUGUCAUCAUCAUCGUUUGUGCAGGGUGUAUCUACCACACCAGAGCAGUAAAGAAAAUACGAACCAAAGUCUGGAUGCGGGAGCUUAUUAAUUGUAAACAUAGACACGAUCUUAUAGACACGCCUGAUAAACUGGCAACAUUGGAGAACUACUUUACGGAGCAGGAAUUGGACUCAGACCGACUAUUUGUUGCUGUUGUUGAGGAAGAUGAAGAACGUCAGCGAACUGAAGAUACAAAAGAACAUGGACUUGAUUUGGACAAAAUGUUUUCGAUAGAGAAUGAGAGGCGGAGAGUUUCUGAUAUGUUACACGCGCCAGAUAAAGUGAAACAGCUAUAUGAAGAAACAGAAAUGGAGAUAUAUGAAACCAAUGUUAAAGGUACAUACAGUGAUCUUGAACAGCAGGGAGAAAAUACUAGUAAACAAAAUGCAAAUUCAACAAUUCCUAUUGUUAAAACACAUCGAAUAUACGGAGAAAUAGAAAAGGCAAAUGAAAAGGAGUUUAAAGACAGCGAUGUGGACGAAUCGCAAGAAGACGAUAUGUUCGAAAAGAAACACAGUGCAGCUGAAACAUCUGAUAUCGCAAAUGAACAAAAUGAAGAAGAAAAAACAGAGUAUCAUGAAGCAGUGGUAGGUAUAUACACUGAAACUGAUAGACAGCUGAACAAAAGUGUUUCUGAAAAAGACUUUAAAGAAAAUAAUGUUAAUGACCAUCCUGACAUAAAUAAAGAAACAAUUCUUGAAAGAAAUACUCUUAAGCAAAAUGAAAGCAACGAUCCUUCGCACGAAAACAACGUUUCUAAAAGACAGACAGCAGAAUUUUUAAGUCUCCCAGAAAUAGAUCAGUUUUUUAAUCUGGCAAAUGAGACAUAUCAUAGAAAAAAGAAAAGCAAGACUAGAAAAACAAGCAGAAAGAAAAUAUCAAAUUUACGGAAGCAUUUAAAAGCCAUUAUUUCAGAAAACAGUGGGAGUUUCAAGAAGUCUGGUCAUAAAAGUUCCUCAAAAGUUUUAAAAAUAUAUACACAAAGAAAAAUGUCAAAGACUGAUAUUUCAAAGGAAGAUGAGGAACACAGACGAUUUUCGUCAGAAACGGGUCCAAAGGAAGGAUUAAAAAGCAAAACAUUGCAGCAUUCUACAAACUCUAAGCGGGAUAAUCAUCAAUCAAGUAUUGCGCAUCAAAGAAAGAAACCAACACACAAGAAAACAAGAAAAGGUAGUGGUUAUGUACACUCAGCUCCCGGUACCCCCCGGAACCGAAGUCUAAGCCGAGCUAGUGCCUUUUCACAAAAAUCACUAAAGAAUAUUUCAAUGACAGAUAUUGGUAUUAAUAUAGGACAAACGUAGCAAGGUAAAAAGGAAGACAUAAUAACACUAUAACGAUAGAAAUUGAAAAGAUAAUAAUAGGUACCUCGUUGCAAAAAGCUGAUAACUGUUUUGAUAUUAAGAAGCACUUUUUCGCCUUUUUCCGCUAAGGUGACGAUUUAUUAUUUGAAAACCCGACCUGCAAGAAACGUUGGAAGAAUAAGUUAUAAAAAAUACAACCUAGUCAAAUCAUAAAGCUGAAAAAUGGACUGAUUAUUAAUGAUUAAGCUACACGAAAAACACACACAAGAAAAAAAUAAUUAUGGCGGAAUGAAACAACCAAAGGUUGGACCAUGACAAAAAACCUAAGGACUCGUGGAAAACAAAACAUCCGAUUACGCGAAUCAAAGCAAAAACCAAAAUUAUCUGACGACGAAAGUCUAGUAGAUAUUUAUGGUGGUGCAUUCGACAAUUAUAAUAUUGAUAUGCAAGUCGGCAUGCUUCGGACGUAAAUGUAGCUUAACUCGCACAAUGCGUUCCGUAAAAAAACGGAAAGUGCCGAAAUCGCAUACGGAGAUUACGUCAUAAUUUUUUAACAUAAGUGAGCAAAGUGACCAAACUGACAGCGCAUGUUUACUGUAAAGUAAGCUUGAAAAACACAGUGGGAAUUAAGGCUAAUUGAAAUACGCAGAAAGUAAUUGACAAAAGGAUAAAACAAGCAAUAUAAAUUAAAAAAAGAAUAUAUAGUCAUGGAAAAAGAAUUCAGUUGAAAUAUACAAAGGAGUUUUUUUUUAUGAAUUUUCAGUGAACAAAUUGACAAAGUAACAUAGCAAUUUAUUUGUAGCAGAAGUGAAGAAAAGUGUGGCUGAAUUCUCGGACAUGCCUGCAUAUGAAAAAUAAAUAUAUUAGAUAUUUGACAUUAUUGAAGCUCAUUAAAACUGUUCAUUAUAUUUUCAAUAUUAGCAUGCAUUAAAGAUAAUAUAGUGAAAAAGAUG